AUGAUGGCUGAAGAACGCAGGGUCUGUAGCAGUGUCCCACAAGCUGAGUCAAAGGUGAGACAAGCUAACCAUGAAGUGGCUUGCAAGAGAUUAUAAUAUUUUGAAGUAUGUGAUUAAUUUAUCAAAUAAACUGCUAUUCAAUGGAGGAAUGCAUUAAAAGUCAUAAUGUUUUUUUUUCAGCCUCCCUCAAUCUCUUCAUCCUCUUCAAUGAGGGAACUGGAAUCUAAAAACUUGCAUCUCAGAAGGAAGUUAAGCUCAGUGGAGGAAGAAAGUGCUUCUGUGAUGCAAGAAAACAGACAACUGAUCAUUGAAUUGGAAGCAGUGAAUCUCGAACUUGCCAGCUCGAAAACCAAAGUAUUCCAGUUUAUGCAUUUUCGUACAACCUCCGCCAUUAUUCAUUAUUAUAACGCUAUUCAUGCAGGCCUUUACAGAGGGCCCAAAUAAUAUGUUACCAAUGUUGGGUGUGGUUCCACACAUGCUCAGCUUGAACUAAGACACAUUUGUUCACCUAAAAUGUUGACAGGUCCGGGUUCUGGGUUCCACCGUAGGGUCUAAGACUUCUAGUGUGUGUCAUAUGAAGGAGGAGAUUGAGGGUUUGGAGGCUGAGGUUGAGGCCCAAGGGAAUGUACUCAGGUUGGUAGGAGGAUACACAUAAACACACACAGACACACCUUUGUGAAUGCAGUUGUGCUAGUUGUGUUGCCUUGUUCAUUGUAGAGAUACAGAAAAGAGGCUGGAGGAGACUCAAGAGACAUUGGUCAUUAAGAGCAGACUAGUGGACCAGCUACAAGAGGAGUUAAUGGCUGCUAGGGCUGAGUUAGAGAACAGGACUAAUCAGGGGAUAAGGUAAGCAGUGGUUCUAUGCUCUUUAAGAAUCCCCAAUUACUAUAUACACUGAGUGCACAAAACAUUAAGAACACCUUCCUAAUAUUGAGUUGCACCCCCCUUUUGCCUUCAGAACAGCCUCAAUUCGUCAGGGCAUGGACUCUACAAGGUGUCGAAAGCGUUCCACAGGGAUAUUGGCCCAUGUUGACUCCAAUGCUUCCCACAGUUGUGUCAAGUUGGCUGGAUGUCCUUUGGGUGGUGUACCAUUCUUGAUGCACAUGGGAAACUGUUGAGCGUGAAAAACCCAGCAGUGUUGCAGUUCUUGACACAAACCGGUGCGCCUGGCACCUACUACCAUACCCCGUUCAAAGGCACUUAAAUCUUUGGUAUUACCCAUUCACUCUCUAAAUGGCACACAUACACAAUACAUGUCUCAAGGCUUUAAAAAAUCCUUAUUUAACCUGUCUCCUCCCCUUCAUCUACACUGAUUGAAGUGGAUUUAACAAGUGACAUCAAUAAGUGAUCAUAGCUUUCACCUGGCCAGUCUGUCGUGGAAAGGGCAGGUGUUCUUAAUGUUUUAUACACUCAGUGUAUGUAAUACACAUCACCUGAUGUCACCUCCUUGUACUAGUGCUUGUUGUUUGGUAACUAAGAUAUAUUUUCCAUUCAUCCCAAAGAGUUGAGCAACAGAGAGAGGAAGCACUUGUUACUGCAGAGAAGCAGACAUUGGCUCUCCGGAGUUACAAGGGAAAUAUGUCAGAGAAACUGAAGAAGGUAUGGAAUAAGACGAGUGAAGAGUCAAGCUAUGUAAAUAACAAAAAUGUAAAUGUUUUUUAAGCCUGUUUGUUCAGAAUAAAUGCUUGUCAAUACCUGGCCAAAUUAUAUUUAGACAUUACAGUCUUUGAUUGUAUAGCAACGUGAUGCUGUGUUGUGGUCCAUAGGUGUUGGACAACGAGGCCAGACUGAAGGAGGCUCUUAUCCAGUGUGAUAAAGAGAGAGUGGCGUGGGAGAGGAGGUGUCUUCAGCUAGAGCAGGACAAGACUGACAUGAAUCAGCUGAUUGGGUUGGUACUCAAGUCUCUGUUCAGCAUAUCUUACUUAAUAGUUUCUGAAUCAACCUCUGAAAAUGUAUCUUAUAGGAUUAAUCUCUGUGGUUACACUUCACUUGAAUCAACUGUGAUAAGGAGGACAGUGUAAAAAUGACAUUUUUGCUUCAUAUCAUGAUAUGUGGAUAUGGUAGAGGUUUAGAUUGGUUGUAGUUAGUAGAAUACCAAUACCACUGUGAUGGACAAACCUAUAGUAAUAGUAGUUGGGAAUCUCUCUGACCAGCCAGUUGAAGGAAGAGUCGGUCAGAGCCGAGGCGAUGAGUGUAGAGUGCGCCACCUUGCGUUCUCGUCUGGAAGAGGCCUCUGUCCGGGCUGUGGAGCUGGAGAGAAGACUGAGUGACAGGGAGAUAGUUGAGAAGGACAUAGAGGUGUUGAGGAAGGAGUGUGGGGACCUACGCCACCUCACUACCAGCCAGGAGCAGAGACUGGAGCAGUGUCAGAGAGAAGCACAGCAGAGCCAGGCUGAACAGGUCAGCCUAGAGGCCAUCCUCAGCCUGCUGCAUCUUAGAGAGGUGAGCCUAGCGCCAUACUCCCUACUACACUCUCAAACUAUACCCUCUGUGUAUUGUCUCUACAUGCUAUAUUCCGAAUGCUGUACAGUGAGGAAAAAAAGUAUUUGAUCCCCUGCUGAUUUUGUACGUUUGCCCUCUGACAAAGACAUGAUCAGUCUAUAAUUUUAAUAGUAGGUUUAUUUGAACAGUGAGAGACAGAAUAACAACAAAAUAAUCCAGAAAAACGCAUGUCAAAAAUGUUAUAAAUUGAUUUGCAUUUUAAUGAGGGAAAUAAGUAUUUGACCCCUCUGCAAAACAUGACUUAGUACUUGGUGGCAAAACCCUUGUUGGCAAUCACAGAGGUCAGACGUUUCUUGUAGUUGGCCACCAGGUUUGCACACAUCUCAGGAGGGAUUUUGUCCCACUCCUCUUUGCAGAUCUUCUCCAAGUCAUUAAGGUUUCGAGCAUGACGUUUGGCAACUCGAACCUUCAGCUCCCUCCACAGAUUUUCUAUGAGAUUAAGGUCUGGAGACUGGCUAGGCCACUCCAGGACCUUAAUGUGCUUCUUCUUGAGCCACUCCUUUGUUGCCUUGGCCGUGUGUUUUGAGUCAUUGUCACGCUGGAAUACCCAUCCACGACCCAUUUUCAAUGCCCUGGCUGAGGGAAGGAGGUUCUCACCCAAGAUUUGACGGUACAUGGCCCCGUCCAUCGUCCCUUUGAUGCGGUGAAGUUGUCCUGUCCCCUUAGCAGAAAAACACCCCCAAAGCAUAAUGUUUACACCUCCAUGUUUGACGGUGGGGAUGGUGUUCUUGGGGUCAUAGGCAGCAUUCCUCCUCCUCCAAACACGGCGAGUUGAGUUGAUGCCAAAGAGCUCGAAUUUUGGUCUCUUCUGACCACAACACUUUCACCCAGUUCUCCUCUGAAUCAUUCAGAUGUUCAUUGGCAAACUUCAGACGGCCCUGUAUAUGUGCUUUCUUGAGCAGGGGGACAUUGCGGGUGCUGCAGGAUUUCAGUCCUUCACGGCGUAGUGUGUUACCAAUUGUUUUCUUGGUGACUAUGGUCCCAGCUGCCUUGAGAUCAUUGACAAGAUCCUCCCGUGUAGUUCUGGGCUGAUUCCUCACCAUUCUCAUGAUCAUUGCAACUCCACGAGGUGAGACCUUGCAUGGAGCCCCAGGCCGAGGGAGAUUGACAGUUAUUUUGUGUUUCUUCCAUUUGCGAAUAAUCGCACCAACUGUUGUCACCUUCUCACCAAGCUGCUUGGCGAUGGUCUUGUAGCCCAUUCCAGCCUUGUGUAGGUCUACAAUCUUGUCCCUGACAUCCUUGGAGAGCUCUUUGGUCUUGGCCAUGGUGGAGAGUUUGGAAUCUGAUUGAUUGAUUGCUUCUGUGGACAGGUGUCUUUUAUACAGGUAACAAACUGAGAUUAGGAGCACUCCCUUUAAGAGUGUGCUCCUAAUCUCAGCUCGUUACCUGUAUAAAAGACACCUGGGAGCCAGAAAUCUUUCUGAUAGAUUUUUGACAUGCGUUUUUCUGGAUUUUUUUGUUGUUAUUCUGUCUCUCACUGUUCAAAUAAACCUACCAUUAAAAUUACAGACUGAUCAUUUCUUAAUCGGCAGGGGAUCAAAUACUUUUUUCCCUCACUGUAUGUGCCCCAUACAAUCAUAGUGCACCCUGCUUAUUGCUAACUCAGCAUAACCUCAACUCUGUUCCAGACAAUGAUGGUGGACAAAAUGUACUGGACUGUUAUGUAAAAGUGACCUAACUAUUUGUUAUAGAGUGGAGGGGGAUCACUCUGUGCUAAGCCUUGUCUGCCAGCUCCAUUCUGUGAUGUCCCCAAACUCAAACCAGGUGAUUUCCCUAGCUUACUCUUCAAUACUACCCAUCGUAUUGUAGUCUGUAUACACUGAGUGUACAAAACAUUAGGAACAGUCUGUCAUGCUCUUUCCAUGACAUAGAUUGACCAGGUGAAAGCUAUGAUCCCUUAUUUAUGCCACUUGUUAAAGCCACUUCAAUCAGUAUAGAUGAAGGGGAGGAGACAGGUUAAAUAGUGAUUUUUAAGCCUUGAGACAAUUGAGACAUGGAUUGUGUAUGUGUGCCUUUCAGAGGGUGAAUAGGUAAGACAAAAGAUUUAAGUGCCUUUGAACAGAGUAUGGUAGUAGGUGCCAGGCGCACCGGUUUGAGUGUGUCAAGAACUGCAACGCUUCUGGGUUUUUCACACUCAACAGUGUAUCAAGAAUGGUCCACCACCCAAAGGACAUCCAGCCAACUUGACACAACUGUGGGAAGCAUUGGAGUCAACAUGGGCCAGCAUCCAUGUGGAACGCUUUCGACACCUUGUAGAGUCCAUGCCCCGGCGAAUUGAGGCUGUUCUGAGGGCAAAGGGGGGUGCAACUCAAUAUUAGGAAGGUGUUCCUAAUGUUUUGUACACUCAGUGUAUAGCACAUAUCUAAUCUCCCAUCUCUAGGCCAUGCAUACAGUAGAAUAGGUCAACUCUAACAAUAUCUAUUCCUUGUAUGCUGUAACAUUGUGGAUACACAUUGAAGAAUGAAAAGGAUGUUUGUAUCCCCCCCAAAAAUGGUCUGUUUGUGUUUUGUGUUUUGGGUGUGUCAGGGGAGCAGUACCAGCAGCUGCUGCCUGUGUUGCGGGCUGUGGAGCAGGAGAGAGGCAGGCAGGCAGCUCUAGCCCUGGGCCUACAGGAGAGACUAAGGCAGGCCCAGGAGGAGAUGACUGCCCUACAUAACAACAUGAACCAGAGAGACAUCCAGCUACAGAAACUACACACAGAGCUCCAGGAGAGGACUGUACAAAUCAACCAGCUGGAGAGAGAGGUAAGGAUGGACACAUGAAUAGGGUACUGUACCACCAUUUUCAUUAUGAGUAGUGUCAAAUCAAGGAAAAGGCUUGAACACUGCCACAUUUUCUAUCUGAUGCCAAGAGGCGGGCCUUUAAAAUGUUCCUACCCAGGGCCCGAAACGUGGUUUGUCCGUCUAUGUACUGCUGAAGUCAUAGUAAAACUCCUUGUAUGCUAUUUUUAUCUCACUCGAGUUGUGUUCUGAUUAUGAGGGGGUCCUAACAAGUUUGAGAACCUGUUGUUUACUGUAUGUGUGACUGAUGUCUGUCCCCUGGUGGUGCAUGUGUUGUAUUGCAGUUAAUAUGGCAAACGGACGUGGCAGUUUCACCAAGUACUGAUUCCAGCUUUCACUUAUAACUGUAUAACAGCUUUUCACGUAUAUUUCACGUAUAACAGGCAGCUCUAGUCCUGGGCCUGCAAGAGAGACUAAGGCAGGCUCAGGAGGAGAUGACUGCCCUACAGAACAAAAUGAACCAGAGAGACAUCCAGCUACAGAAACUACACACAGAGCUCCAGGAGAGGACUGUACAAAUCAACCAGCUGGAGAGAGAGGUAAGGAUGGACACAUGAAUAGGGUACUGUACCACCAUUUUCAUUAUGAGUAGUGUCAAAUCAAGGAAAAGGCUGUAUCUCAAAGGAAUCUGAGUUACAUCAGGACAAGUGAGGGUCUCACUCACAGAAGCAGAGUAAUCGGGCCUUAAACCAGUGCCUGAAACAAAAUAUUAUUAUAACACUUAUUGUGUACGUAUGUGACAUAUGUCUGUCCCUAGUGGUGAAUGUGUUGUAUUGCAGUUAAGGAGGAAGAACGUCAGCCUGGCAGCUGCAGAGAAACAGUUAGAGAAGAAAGAUGCAGGACUUUCACAGGCUGUAGAGAAGACCACUGAGUUAGAGCAGAACCUGCUGGUAAUGGUGAAGUCUUCAACACACACUGAAAAUAAAUUGUGUUGUCACUAAUCUAUCAAAUGCAAAUGCUGAAGUAGGCUACACUAAACAGACAUUGUGUUGUCACUACUCACUCGCAUCCACCAACACACACACACACACACACACACACACACACACACACACACACACACAUGCUUUCACUUACACACGUUGGGUCUGUCUAAAUCCACAAGGAUGACUGCCUGCCUUUGGAUUGAGACAGACACAGUUCUCUCUUCUAACUCACAUACACGUCCUUUCACACACAUAGGCUAUGCUAUGUUUAAGUGGGCUAGUUAGUUAGUUGAUGAACGCUCUGGUUUGAAACGUAGGAGAAGAGCAGCAGUAUCCAGCACUUUAAAACCACUCUGGACUUGAAGAAGAGGGAUUUCCAGCAGGAGUUGGAGGAGUCUCAGAGAGUUGGCUCAGAGCAAUGUAAGGAGCUACAGGAUCAAAUCAAAAUGGUGAGAGGAUACAUGUAUUGUAUUCCUUUAUUCACACUUGACUGUUCAUAAAAGUCACCCAAGGUUACAAUAAGCAAUGCCAUGAACUUCACAUACUUUCAAUCUUAGAAUAGUUAUACGUGAAAGCUGGAAUCCGUGUACUUGGUAAAACUGCAACGUCCAUUUGUGAUAUUACAACAAUAAAGAAGUUACUGUAAACAAUGAACACUCUUUUUUUCCCUCGCACAUCAUUGCACAUCAUUGCACACAUGAUAGAACAGCAGAGUAUGUACUGUGAAAAUAUUUUACCACGAUGCUCCUCUCCUCCGUUUCAUUGACAAAACAAUAACAAAUGCGCUGGGGGUGAACAGUGGCACUGUUUCACCUUAUGCAGAAUUUCAGCUUUAACAUACAGUAGAUGUUUGGGCACCUGCAAAGCUACUCGUGUAUAUACCCUAGUCCAGUCAUACAGUACUUGUGUUUCCUGCCUGUUUCAUGUGAUUUUAUGUCUGCCUGUCCUGUACAGUUGCACUCUCAGAAAGCAGAGCUGGAUAAAUACUUUUCUUCAGCCCAGCAUGAGAGACAGGAGGCCCAGCACAGAGCAGACAGACUUCAGACCUCCCUCAACCAGCUCACGCACGUAUGUCUGCCCCUACACACAACACACCUCACAUCACAUUACCCUUACCUAGAGUGCAUUCGGAAAGUAUUCAGGCCCCUUGACUUUUUCCACAUUUUGUUACGUUACAGCCUUAUUCUAAAAUUGAUUAAAUAUAAUUUUUUUCUCAUCAAUCUAUAUACAAUACCACGUAAUGACAAAGCGAAAACAGGUUUUUAGAUAUUGUUGCACAUUUAUUAAAAAUAAAACAGAUACCUUAUUUACAUAAGUAUUCAGACCCUUUGCUAUGAGACUCAAAAUUGAGCUCAGGUGCAUCCUGUUUCCAUUGAUCAUCCUUGAGAUGUUUCUACAACUUGAUUGUAGUCCACCUGUGGUAAAUUCAAUUGAUUGGACAUGGUUUGGAAAGGCACACACCUGUCUAUGUGAGGUCCCACAGUUGACAGUGCAUGUCAGAGCAAAAACCAAGCCAUGAGGUCGAAGGAAUUGUCCGUAGCGCUCCAAGACAGGAUUGUGUCGCGGCACAGAUCUGGGGAAGGGUACCAAAACAUUUCUGCAGCAUUGAAGGUCCCCAAGAACACAGUGGCCUCCAUCAUUCUUAAAUGGAAGGUGUUUUGAACCACCAAGACUCGGGGGAGAAGGGCCUUGGUCAGGGAGGUGACCAAGAACCCGAUGGUCACUCUGACUGAGCUCCAGAGUUCCUCUGUGGAGAUGGGAGAACCUUCCAGAAGGACAACCAUCUCUGCAGCAUUCCACCAAUCAGGCCUUUAUGGUAGAGUGGCCAGACGGAAGCCACUCCUCAGUAGAAGGCACAUAACAGCCCGCUUGGAGUUUGCCAAAAGGCACCUAAAGGACUCUCAGACCAUGAGAAACAAGAUUAUCUGUUCUGAUGAAACCGAGAUUGAACUUUUUGGCCUGAAUACCAAGCGUCACGUCAGGAGGAAACCUGGAACCAUCCCUACGGUGAAGCAUGGUGGUGGCAGCAUCAUGCUGUGGGGAUGUUUUUCAGCGGCAGGGACUGGGAGACUAGUCAGGAUCGAGGGAAAGAUGAACAGAGGAAAGUACAGAGAGAUCCUUGAUGAAAACCUGCUACAGAGCGCUCAGGACCUCAGACUGGGGCGAAGGUUCACCUUCCAACAGGACAACGACCCUAAGCACACAGCCAAGACAACGCAGGAGUGGCUUCGAGACAAGUCUCAGAAUGUCCUCGAGUGGCCCAGCCUGAGCCCGGACUUGAACCCGAUCGAGCAUCUCUGGAGAGACCUGAAAAUAGCUGUGAAAAUAGCUCCCCAACCAACCUGACAGAGCUUGAGAGGAUCUGCAGAGAAUAAUGGGAGAAAAUCCCCAAAUACAGUUGUGCCAAGCUUAUAGCAUCAUACCCAAGAAGACUCAAGGCUGUAAUCGCUGCCAAAGGUGCUUCAACAAAGUACUGAGUAAAGGGUCUGAAUACUUAUAUAAAUGUGAUAUUUCAGUUUUAUAUUUAUUUAUAAAUUUGCAAACAUUUCUAAAAACCAGUUUUUGCUUUGUCAUUUAUGGGGUAUUGUGUGUAGAUUGAUGAGGGGGAAAAAACAAUUUAAUCCAUUUUAGAAUAAGGCUGUAACGUAACAAAAUGUGGAAAAAGUAAAGUGGUCUGAAUACUUUCCGUAUGCACUGUAGAUCUUCACAGUUUUAUAAAUCACACCCACGUCAUUCAGUUUGACACAGAGUGUCACAGCUGGGCAUCUUGGUAUUAAUCUGACUAGUGCUAUAACCUUGUCACUUCCUAGGAUACAGAGACGAGAGCCAAUCAAGACCAGGAGGCCUUGAGAGCUCUCAGAGUGCAGGCAACAGAAUAUACUACCAAGGUCAGUCCUUAUGAAAACUAAAUUGUCAUAGCAUGUGUUAUCAGCUAAAUCAGACUUUUUUUUCUUCCUGCAUUGGUCCUGUUGCAGGUGAGGUUUUUGGAGACAGCCCUGACAACAUGCCAGGAUGAGUUGAGUAGCUGUAUGCAACAGAUAAAGGGAGUGAAGGGACGCUAUGAGAGAGAGCUGGAGACAAGCGCCAAAGAGGUAGAAAAUGAAGAUCUUCACCUUGCUUUAAUUUCCUGUGAAACAUUUAUCACACAAUGUGCCUGGAAUGUUGUAUCUGUGGAUGGGACGUUGUAGUCUGAUCCCAGAUCUGUUUUUGCUCUCUUGCCAACUCCUUGUCACUUCUUCUCACGCCAAACAUGACAAUGUGUGGCAUGACAAUUCCAUUAGGGGUUGGCAAGAGAGCAGACAGACUGGCACUCAGGAAAUUGGCAACAAUGUGAAGGAUAUGAGACAAAAAUUAAAUAAAAUUCUAACUUGUGAAGUGUAUGGAUGAAGACUAGUGAAUUGAAACAGGCAGUUCCAGUGUUCUCUGUCCCCAGGUGGAGGCUCUGCAGGCAGAGAUGCGGGGUAGCUCUCUGGUAUGUCAGAGCUCCAGUGAGCAGAACCUGCAGCUGCAGCACACCGUCCAGAGACAGCAGACCAUGCUGCAGAAGAGCACCUCCCGUGUGGCAGAGCUAGAGGACAGACAGGCCCUGUUACUGGAGCAGGUAGACAGAUAGAUAGAUACUUUACUGUCUUCAGAGAGGAACAUUAUUUCCACAGCCUGUAAGUUACAUACAACAUAAUCAGCAAACCAGCCUCAGAGACCGAACAUAAAACAUAAAACCGUACAGUUUUAAUUGAACUCAGUGGCUGAACAAAUAGACUACUAGAGCGCAUGAGCUGCAGUUGUUAUAUCUAAUGUAGGAGUUUGAGAUGCAAUACAAAUGUCUUAUUUUGAAACAUUCAUCAUUGCUUUAACUGGUGCAGUUCUUUGUAUACAAAGUCAGCUUUUGUGGGCAUAGCAGGGUUAAUCAAAUAGUCCUCAUAUCUGUUUAUAAUUGACUGUGUAUUCUUGCUGCUCAUACUGUUCAUGAGUGUUUUGAAAAGCCUAAUUGUUUAGACAGGUUCCUGUGUUCAAAAGGAUUACUUCAGGCUUGCAAGGGGUUACUAUAGUAUAGUGCAGGGAUCAUCAACUAGAUUCAGCUGCGGGACGAUUUUGUUUCUUAAGCGGAUAGUCGGGGGGCCAGAACAUAAUAAUUUGUAGACUGCAAAUUGACCGCAAGAAGCACAAACAGAUGUGCUUGGAGGUGAGUUGAGAGGGUUCAAUUCACACACUGUAUGUGUGUGGCGUGCGUGUGUGCAUUCCUCCAGGUGGGCCGCUUGGAGAAGGAACUGGAGAAAGAGAAGGCGUUAGCCUCCAAAGAGCUGAAGAGGAGAGAGCAGAGAGCCCAGGAGGCCAUAGAGGAACUGCAGGAGGCUAGUCAGCAGGCAGAGAGACAUGAGAGAGAAGCCCUGCAGCUCUCCAGCUCUGUCACGUGAGACUAGUUUUUGCUCCCUCUACCAGUCUCUCCUCGACUCAACUUGUCUCGGCUCUAAUCUACUCUACUACUCUAAUCUACGCUACUCGACUCUACUCUAAUCUGUUACUCUACUCUAGUACAGGGUUCGAGACUGUGACCAAAACUCUUGCAUUUGCGACCCUUUGACUUGGCAAUAUGACACCAAUUUCUAAUUAGGCGCUAGGGUGCCAGUUAUUUUAUUAUUUUAGCUGGUCAUGUUAGUUUUUGACCUCACUCAAGAUUUUUAACCAUGAUUUAGUCAAACAGUAAAGUACAUUAUCCUCAUGAUUCCUGCCCUGCUGCUGUGUCUGUUUCGCCGGGGCCUGCUGCUGUGUCAAGCAAGCCACUCUCUCCUUUCCCGGGGAACAAAAUGCUCCUGGAGAGAAUAGUGUUCCGAUUUUGUUCCGAUUUUUAAAGUCCAAUUGCAGGGAAAACACAGCUAUCCUGUUGUCACAGUUGAAGAGGGGAGGUUCUCAGCUUUCUGUAGGUAUCCUCUUUUAUUUCUGAACUCUAAAUUUUGACCUCAAUAGCAACUAUUUUUCAACCAAGAUAUUUGAUAUGGCUUUGAUACAGAGCGUGCGAAAUGUUGUGCAUUGGCCAUUGCGAUUGCAUAGGCCUCAUUGAGCAGUAGGCUACAACUGCAACGUUUUUGGGACAUUACAUUUACUGUUAGAUUAAUACAUGGCUACCAGCAGUGGGUAGCACUCGUCUCCCGAGUGGCGCAGUGGUCUAAGGCACUGCAUCACAGUGCUAGCUGUGCCACUAGAGAUCCUGGUUCGAAUCCAGGCUCUGUCGUAGCCGGCCGUGACCGGGAGACCCAUGGGCGGCGCACAAUUGGCCCAGCGUCGUCCAGGGUAGGGGAGGGAAUGGCCGGCAGGGAUGUAGCUCAGUUGGUAGAGCAUGGCGUUUGCAACGCCAGGGUUGUGGGUUCGAUUCCCAUGGGGGGCCAGUAUAAAAUAAAAUAAAAUAAAAUACAAAAUAAUGUAUGCACUCACUUAACUGUAAGUUGCUCUGGAUAAGAGCGUCUGCUAAAUGUAAAUGUAAAAUGUAUUAUGUUUAGUGUUAGCGAUCUAGCUAAUGUGUUUUGAGUUUUUGCUUACUCAGGUGCUGAAUUAGCCCCAAAUAAAUUAGCCUAGAAUAUUAGUGCACAUAUAAAGAUGUAGGCAAGUUCAUCUCUAUUGAACAAAAUACAAUUCAGAAAAUUCCGGAUACCUAUUUUAACAGUAAAAUGUAACAACAAUAGCUUAUUUGUCAACCCAACAUUCAUGACAAUCACUGGAUUAGGUUGCAGAAUAUCUUGAAUCAUGCAUUCCUGCAUGGACAUGUUAGAUGAAACAACUUAUUUAUUGAAUACCAUCUCAGUAGUCUACACCUCUUAAAAAAGCACUGUGAAUGACCUUAUAUGAUUACUCAUUUUUGCUAUUGCGUGACCUGUGAAAAAGAUUUGGUGCAACCAAAUCAUGGGCUGGUGCCACCAUCUGAAAAAGUUAGUGGCACCAGUACCACCAGGGGAAAAUGUUAGUCUACUCUACACUACUCUACUGCCAAGCACUUUACAACACUAAACACACACAACCGUUAUUAAAUGUAUCACUUUGAUUCACUCUACUGAGACCAGGCUGCUUGUUGAGGCUCUUGAAAAUUAUACAAUAAUUUUAACAAUAAUGGCUACAAUUCCAAGCAUAGGUUUUUACCAAUGCUCAGACCCAACAGUAAAGCUUCAUUCAAGAGUCGGUGGGUGGAAGUUCUAUCAACAUCUGACUUCCACCACCCCUCACCAAGUGAUAAGUCUUGUCUUGUACUAAUCAAGCUAGUUACGGAUUGCAGCAGUCUAGUGAUUCGGAGUCAAAUUAAGCAAAGUCAAACACCUGUAUGCCUGCAGUAAGAAAUAGUGGAGGUAGCUUUAGAAGGAAAGUCCAUAUAAACUGUCUGUAACUUAUGUUUAAGUUAAGGUCCCAUAUGGGUUUGAUUAUGGGUUUGAUUAAACUAGAUGUCUUUGUAAAGAUGCGGGUCUUGACAACAUACAGUACUUUAUUACGAAAGACAGAACAGAAUACAGUGCAAUGGACAUCCUAACAUUGGAUUGGACGUUAUUAUGUAGUUAUGUAAUAUCAGCUGUUUGUUUAUAAUCGAUAGUUGUCAGAGCGCUCCAUUGUUUGUUGUUGGGUGGCUGCAUUAUAAGGCCCCUUUCAGUUGCUGAGAAGCUGGGAAUGCAUUUGAUAUGGCCAGUUUAACUCCCUGAGUUACUUUGACCCUGGCAUCUCCAACUGUCAUGUUUGUAAUUUUCUUGCCUAAAUAGACUUGUACUGAGUUAAAUGUUCUCCUUCAACAUUGAGCCUAAUGUCUCGGCUGGUUGAGUGUCAGUUAGCUGCAGGGCUUAGUGAAGCCAGUCGUAUGACUUGUCUGAUUAUAAUGCUCUGUACUCAGUAUUUGUUUGGAGGCUGUUUCCUGCUCUCUGUUAGGGGCAUAUAAGCAGUCUAGAUAGCCCAUUCCCAAAAGAACAAACACAACAUACUAUAAAUCAGUAGAAGGAAAAGCUUAGAGAUGUUCAAUCCUGACCAGCUCAGUACAGCCCAGGGAACCACAGAAACACGCAGAAUAUCACAUACAGCAUAUUUUGUGACUGUUAUACUUCUCCAGACAUCCCAAACCUUUUGUUAUACCCACUUGGUUUCUGUGUUGUCAAUUAUCAUUGUAAUCAAUGCAAGCGUCUUUAGGGUGACCAUUUACAGACGUAGCGUGCCUAGUAGCCUUGUACCCCUGUUGUUGAAAGCCAGGGUUUGUCUGUGUCCUGUCAUGCAGGCAGUUGUCAGAGGACAUGAAUAAGGUUCGGGGAGAGCUGAGUGAGCGAGAGCAGCAGAUGCUGCGUAUACGGAGAGACAGCGACACCAAGUCCUUCCAGCUCUCUAAGAUGGAGAAGAUGCUAGCUGAGACCAGAGGAAAGCUGGACAAGAAGACAGAGUCUGGUAUGGAAAGUAAAGGGUGGACAACCGGGACAAUAUGGGUCUGUAUCAAUAUCCUUACUCUAAUUCACUGAGUUUCUUCUCUGAAAUGCAUGAGAACUGCAUUGUUUUGGUUAUGUGGAUAAACUAUCAUGCAAGGAUUCAAAUGUACACUCUUAGAAAAGAAGGUGCCAUCUAGAACCGUAAAUGGUUCUUCAAUUGUGUCCAUAGGUUGGGAGAACCCUCUGAAAGGAGCUAUUUUUGGUUCCAAGUAGAAUCCUUUCACUAAUACAAGGUUCUACGUCAGGGGUGGGAAAACUAUGGAUCCGGCCCGUGAGCCCAUUCAAUCCCCCCCCCAAAAAGAUUUUGGGUUAAAAAAACACUCCAGGCCACUCUUGAAUGUCUAAAACUAAAUAGAAAGUAUGUAGAAAUUAGAAUGGACCUAUAUAUUUUCAAAUAACUGCCCUUUUUCUGGCCCGCAAAUUGCUUUUGACAAACAUUUUGAGAGACAAAAUCUGUGUGGCCCUCUGCUGAAUUUUGAAAUCCCGAUGUGGCCCAUCAGCCAAAAUGAUUGCCCAUCCCUGUUCUAUGUGGAACCCUUUCACCACUAACAGGUUCUAAGUAUGUAUAACGUUUUUCACCAUCAAAGAGUUCUACCUGGAACCAAAAAGGGUUCUCCUAUGGGGACAAAUGAAGAACCCUUUUUUCUAAGAGUGUAGUGUAUGUGGUCCUCUGUAGCUCAGCUGGUAGAGCACGGCGCUUGUAACGCCAAGGUAGUGGGUUCGAUCCCCGGGACCACCCAUACGCAAAAAAAAUGUAUGCACGCAUGACUGUAAGUCGCUUUGGAUAAAGGCGUCUGCUAAAUGGCAUAUUAUUAUUAUUAUUAUUAUAGGUAAUGAGACAGUGCAUGUGCCCUUGAUGAUUGAUUUAAUUUAUUGGAUAAGUAUUAGGCUGCUCCAGACGGAUACAAUAAAGCCUGGAGGCUAAUUUCCAUUGUGGUCCUCAUGAUUAUAUAGUCAACUCAAUAUACAAGUAUCUACUUUUGAUAGCCAUUAACUUCACAGCGUAAGUAACUGUCUGUGUUCUGAUGCUAUCCCUGUGUAUUUUAGAAGCUUUUAGAUCUUCUGUGUCUAAGGGUCUGUCUUUAGGGGCCACUUUCCAGGUCACAGAUUAAGCCGAGUCCUUCACUAAAAUGCAUGUUCAGAAUCUCGAUUUUAGUUGAAGACUUUAUCUGGGUCCAGGAAACUGGCUCAAAGUGUUAUCUCUCCCUCUGAGUGACUGUUUCUAACCUUGUUGUUCUCUGGGCCUUGUCCGGUUCAGUCCAGGAUCUGGAGGAGAAGGUACGUUUCACCAGGAAGGACAGGAGGAACUCCCUCCACCGCACCCAGCUGCUGGAGAGCCAGAUGAAGACGGUGAAGGGAGAGCUGGUGGACACACUGGACCACCUGCAGGAGCUACGAGACAGGCUGAGACGCUCACAGGCCAACGCAGAGCAGCGCAAAGUUGACAUGGAGAAACUGCAAGCAGUGAUGAGGUGAGAGAGCCCCAAACGCCAACAGUCCUUCAUCUUGAGUUCCUACAGCCGAGUUGGGCAGUAGCCUCUUCAUCCCUCUCCCAAGUCAUUUAGUACCCGAGGCUCCAUUUGGUACCUGGUAAUUUGACCUUUCACUUCAUUCCUUUUCAACAAUGGGGCCAGAACACCUCAAGCUUGAAGCUUGACGACAAAGCUGAAUCCAAAUACUUUUUUAACUGUAACAAAUGUAUAUUGCCUCAGAAAGUAAUGUUUAAAAAAAUUCUGUAUCUAUCUUUACAGUUUGUACUGCUCCCAAAUCAUUUGA